AUGGCAGCUUUGCCUAUUGUGGCAUUACCCAACUCUAAUGAGCUGCUAUAUAUCAUCCCUGACAUUACGGAUGUCAAUUGUAACCUUUCCCUGAAUGAGCAUGGUGUUCCCCAGAUCAGGUCCUGGACCAAUCACCCCAACCUGGCUGAAGAUGGACAGCUCGUGAUGGAUCCUGUUGAACACAUCUCGUGGAUGGCCUGA